AUGUCUCUAGCCGUGGCUGCUGAUCAAAGAGAAUGCUCCCCCUCGCACUCUCUUGGUGCCGUAGGGGUGGGCACCCCAAGAGCCGCAUCGAGGGGUACCCCUAGCAAUGCAGUAAAGGCAGCCAACAGGAUUAAAAAAAGACCCUUGCCUUCCAGCUGGAAGGUCCCACCUAUGAAGUUAAUUAUCUCUAAGAAAAAAGUGAGGGAUGAUGGCCCCUCCACCUCUGAUGCCAGGCCCUACAGGGCCCUUCCUAAGAAGAAAAAGCGGGCAUCACAGAGGAGCUCACUGCUGAGAGCGAUUCUUCCCAGUCCAGUGAUGACGAUGUGCAGGAAUUGCUGCGUCAGAACCGCAUCCUGCAGCGUCGCCUGGCUAGGGCUAAGGAGCGCUUAGAUAAGUCUAAGUCCCCUUGUCGACGCUCCCGCGAGGGUAGGCAUAGGCAUAGGUCACCGGUUUCGAGUCCAUCAGACAGCUCCUCCAGCCCUGAUUCGCACAGAACACGUCGCAGGAAGAAGAGGUCUUGCAGAUUGAGGAAGCAUGGGCGUAAGUGCAGGAGGGACUCUUCUGAUUCUUCAGAUCUUUCAGGUACGUGUGAUUCCUCCUGUGGCGAGUCGGAAGAACGGUGCAAAGGGUACUGGGUUACUACCCACAAGGCCCCUGGCCUGCCUAGUUGGAUUUGGGAACGUCACACCCGGCGCCAUCGCCGUGCCUUUGGGGCCAAGGAACCAUGUGGGGAGGAUGGGCUUGAUGUGAAAGGGAAGGUGCGGGCAUCUAACUUCAAGACCACGGAUCAGCCUCCUGGCAUCCAGCUUAAAAAGAAUAUACGCAACCGCAUUCUAAAUGGGGAAUUUGUGGACUUGUUUGCCCUGCUCUCCCCAGCUUAUUCUUGUAGUUCCAAGUUUAAGCCUGAAUCGCGUCGCAAGAAGGAGAAGGCAGUGGAUAUUGAUAGAACUUUUGACAAUUGGCUAGCUGCUUUCGCCUCUUACGUGGGUUUGGUGGCCGCUGCUUACCCAGAUAGGGCGUGGCACUUGGCUAACUAUCUGGGCAUUAUCUUAAAAGCCAAAAAAAUGGCAGGGGACUCAGCGGCUUUGGCUUACGAUGAGCUGUUCCGUGAGAGGACUGCUGAAGAACCCACGACCCGUUGGGACAUCAAGGAUAAUGAUCUUUGGUCCGAAGUAGUCGCCCCAAACUUCAAAAAAAGGGCUUUUGGGGAGAAGUCAGGUAAACCCCCCUCCAAAGUGCAAAGGGUGGCUAUAUCAACAUGUUGGGAGUUUAAUGGGUUGUGCAGCAGGGACCGAUGCCGCUUUGACCAUGCUUGUGAGCGUUGUGGUGGCCCUCACUCACGGACUAAGUGUUUUCGGGCUAAGCCCCCUUUUCGCAGUUUUCGCAAAACAGGAUCAGGGAGUGGAGCCAAGGACGCCAAGGGAGACUCAGGAGCCUCUACCUCUGGAGCCCAGCAAGCCAAGGCUGCCUCCCGGAAAUGA